AUGUCGGGCGUGCACGAUUCGGGUGCUCUCCUGGAAACCGCUUUUGGAACUUCGGAGUCCUCAUUCCAAUAUGGAGAUCCACAAAACUUUAUAUCGAAGAAAGUAGAUGAAGAAAAAAUAAGUUCGGACGAACAGGAAUAUGACUCUGACGCACUUAAACCUGACCCUUACCAUCCGGAUGAAGCGGAUAAAGAAUUUUUAUCUUCAAAGCCCACAUGUUUUCUUGUUUUGGGCAAGCCUGGAGUGGGAAAGACCACCUUAGCACGUAAACUAGCCGAAGAUUGGCAUACAGAAUUGAUCAGUAUUAGUGAUUUAAUCAGUACAAACAUGAAACAGAAGACUGAGCUCGGUGUACGGGCAAAAGAUUUAUUAUUACGUGGAGAACCUGUGCCAGAUGAAAUGGUGUCGCGGAUGUUAGAAAUAAAAAUGAAAUCACCUGAAGUUGCACACCACGGCUAUACUAUGGACGAUUUUCCAUUAAUGGAUGAAAAUUUUAUGAAAUUACGUGAUCAGUUAGACAUGAUGAAAAAUUGGCCACUAAAACCAGACUUUGUAAUCAAUUUUCGAAUACCUGAUUCGGAUCUGGAAGUUCGAAGACUCGGCCAAAAAACGGAUCCGAUAACAGGGGCUUUGUAUAUUAAAGAGCAAUAUGCUCCAACUCAAAUUGAAAAACCGAUCGCCAAAACAGACGUAGAAGAAGAGGAAAAUGACGAUGAACAAGAAGACGAAGUAAUGGAAGAAGAACAAUUGGAGGUAAUUUAUUGA